AUGUCUGCAACACAUACGAACGGGGACUCGUUCGCUAAGAGGCGGAUUAACUUCUUUUCUGGAAGGACCCAGGCCCAUUUGAAGAAACAAUUGGGAUUGCCAGACCAUGACGCUGGCCAGCAAGACAUGGCAAAUGACUGGAACUCGUUUUCAACAACCCCCUAUGCGCAGAAGCGCAAACAACUCAUUAAUCUCAUCAAGAAUCUUAUGGGACAGGGGGCGAGUCAAUUCUUUGAGAUCCCAAGAAUCGCUGUUAUAGGCGGACAAUCAGCUGGGAAGAGUUCUGUUGUCGAGGCUCUGACAGGAAUAAGUGUUCCGCGUGAUUACGGGACAUGUACAAGAUGUCCGAUGGAGUGCAUGGUGUCGAGUUCUGCCGAAUCAUGGUCGUGCAAGAUCGGCCUUAGAUACGAGUGUAAGCCUGACGAAUCGAUUGGCUAUAAGACUGUUCCGUUCAGUCCAAGGCUGACGAAGAAGGGCGAUGUGGAGAUUUGGCUUCGUAGAGCCCAAGCAGCUCUUCUUUCUCCGCACCAUCUUCCAGAGUAUUUCCACGACCAGACAUUGCUGCAAUUACGCGUCUUGCAAAAGGACAGUCAAACGAUGAAAUUCUCUCGGGAUGUUGUUUAUGUAGACAUUGAAGACCCUGUUGCAACCGACUUGGCAUUCAUUGAUCUUCCAGGCCUAGUGCAGAACGAAGAUCCAGAGAUGGUUGACCUCGUUCAGGAACUGGCUGUUUCAACCAUCAAGGUCGAAUCCACCAUCAUCCUUGUCACUAUUCCAGUUACCGACGAGAUGGAGAAUCAAUUGGCAUCUCGGUUGGCCAGAGAGGUCGACCCUGAGGGUCAACGAACCAUCGGCGUGUUGACCAAGCCCGAUAAUUUGCGGCCGGGUGACCUCGGCGCCCUCGCUCGAUGGGUAGAUGUCCUUCAAGGGAAAAGCAAUAAACUGACUCAUGGGUAUUAUUGUGUGCGCCUCCCCGAUGACGCCGAUCGCUCACGGAACAUCACUCGAGGUGAAGCUGAAAGGAUCGAACACGAGUUUUUCGAAACAAGAGACCCUUGGAAACAACUUGCAGAUCGCCGGAGGCUCGGCAUCCCUCAAUUUGUUUCAGAGUUAUCGUCGUUAUUCAUGAGUCUCAUCGAGAAACAACUGCCUGCGUUGAACAAAGCUGUCCGGGAGCAUUUGGCCGAUUGUGACGCUCAACUUGCUCAGCUGCCGACUCCACCACAGACCGACAAUCCUAAUGCUGAGGUUCCUUUGAGAGUAACCGAAUUUUGCACUGUACUCAAGGCUAUGGUCCACGGUCAUCAAGGUGGAUCUAAGGAGCUUAUUCAACGCAACCGGACGAGCUACAACAUUUUCAAAAAGGAAAUUGAAGAAACAGCUCCUGAUUUUUGGCCAUCCGAUUCGCCUCACUUGUACAGGAACGAGGGUGUCGCUGGAGAUGAUGGGGGUGAUGGAGAUGAUGGCAGCUCAGAUACAAAUCCUCUGGCGCAGUUGAACCUGUAUGACGUGAGAAGAGUCAUACAAAAGCAUGUUGGCUGGGAGCAUCCUGGAAUUGUUCCUUUUGAAGCACACAAGGAACUCAUUUGGUCAUUCGUCCAGCGGUGGUCGGCGCCAACGGAAGAUUGCUUCGGCAGGGCAUAUCAGAUCUUGUUUGAUAUCGUCGAGAAGCUGAUUGUCGAACACUUUGGGCAGUUCCCACAGCUGGAAAGGGUUAUUCGAGCUAUCGUGGUCGAGCGGCAUCAUGAAGCUCAGGUGGUAGCUCACGAAGCCGUGAUGAAAACUCUCAGUGGCGAAUCAGAGCCAUUCUGGACGCAGAAUGAACACGAUGGAGUCAUGAGGCAGAAAUGGCUGACGCACUACAAGCAGGUUAGGAAUCAUGCACACCUGUACCAGCGUUCUUCUGCCUCGCCGGUGUACGGAGACCCAACUUCAGCCCAGAGAAGGGCUCUGAUCGUCCUGGCAGAGGCUGGCUAUCCAAAUCCGAGUGUGUUCGAUCUUCAGCGGCUGUACCCUCCAGACGCCUUCGAGCAAGAGUUAGAUGUGAUGGCAAGUGUUCGUGCAUUCUUCGAAGUGGCUUACAAGAGGCUCACGGACGUAGUGCCGCUUAGGAUCGAACAUGAUUUGAACCAAGCGUUUUCCAACGAACUCCUUAGAGCUAUUUUAGUCGGCAUGGAUCGCUCUAACAUGAAGGACUUGUUGAGUGAAGAUACGGAGGUGGUUAAGUCGCGGACCCUGUUGGAGGGGGAACGAAAAAGGCUCUUAGCGAUUCAGCGCGAGCUGACUCACCUCACGCUAUCGACGGCGUCCGAUCAUCGAGGAUGUAAGCGCGAGGCGAUGCAGAUCUUGACAAUCGAGCUCGAAAUCGCAUUCGUCGGCAUCCGGGGCUUCAUGAGCAGACCGGUGCAAAACCUUGCAAAACCCGAGUGUGGCAGUGGCCUUCUCGACAGAUCUCUCCCGCCAGGAUCUGUAUUGACCGGCACCGUUGAGGGAGCUUCUGUAAAUGCAGUACCGGCUGACGAAUCGGCGUUGGAUCGAAGACAAGUCUGUCAAGCGCCUCGAACACACUCGAAGGGUAUGCUAGAGAGUGUUGAGCAGAUACUCGGACGGUGGAUGCAUCUGGGGGGCAUCGUAGGCCUACGUAGGCUGCCAGGAGAGCUACGGGCAACUGAGGAAGAGGCCGGGGCCUGGUCGCCGAGGCACGGUGGAGGGGUGUACGAGAGGGUUUGCGACGUCGACGAGGACGAAGUUUCCGUGGACACGGAGAUCAGUGAUGAGACGGAAGCGGAUGGCGGGAGAUGGCGGGCCGCGAAAAGAGCGGAGACCCCGAGGGGAACUCGGGCCAGGCACGUGUGCUUUCUGUACUUCCUACAACCUCGCCUCCGGCGCCCCUUUCAGCUACACGACCAAAUGGCUCUCUCUAUUCCCAUUCCCUCGUCCCCGUCUGCCGGCAACUCGCCUUCAUCUGCCGAUAGUCCUAAUGUCCCCCAGACACCCUUGUCCCCCACGAACCCCGUUCAUACCCUCACCCUCCCUUCCGCCGCAGAUCAGUCCUCUGCCCAGCUCAGUCAAGCCAAUUUAAACUCCGCCAGCGCCCAGGCGAAGAGGAAGCCCUCUAGGAGAGCCAAUACCGCCGAGAGGCGUGCGACACACAACGCCGUCGAACGUCAAAGGAGAGAGACCCUGAACAGCAGGUUCUUGGACCUCGCUGCUCUCCUUCCCAACCUCUCUCAGAUUCGCCGCCCUUCAAAGUCCGCGAUUGUCAACUCCUCCAUCGCGCACAUUCACUCCUCUCGCCGUCACCGCCUUCUCGCUUCCCGCGAGCUUCGACUUCUCAAACUCGAGGCCGACGCCCUCCGUCGCGAGCUCAACGAAUGGCGAGACCGUACCAAUCUCCCUCGUGUUGAGGAGCCCGUCCGCAGCGAUGGCUUCGCCCUUGUUCUGAGCGGCGAAGUCGAGGUCCUCACCGCCAUCCCUGGUGUCGACGACCAAGACGACGAUGGGAACGGUGACGGUUACGGCGACGAUGAUGAACUCCCCAUUGGCUCCGUCAACCCCGGUUCUCUUGGAGUUUCUGUUCACGACGAGGCCGACGAUUUGAGAAAUUCCAUUGCGCCCACGUAUGUCAAGAAUCAGCCCAACCCAUUUGCCCAUAAUGUUCCCUCUCAGUCCGGGGGAUCUCAUCUUGCACACAUUCUUCCGCGGCCGUCCGCUCACGGCGGGCCCAUGAUCGCCCAAAGCAUGCCCGGUGUUUCGUUCGAAAACCCUGCGAUGGCUUCACUUUUCGAAUCUCAUCCUCAGAUUUCUACGCAACAGUUCCACAUGCAACAAUUUAAUCUGGCUCAGUCCGACGACAAGGUGUCCGCGUGGAACAACCAACUGUUCGCGGCCCAGCAGUUGCAGCAGCAGCAACAGCAGUUCGGUGGAAACCACUUGUUCACGCCACCUCCCAGCUCCCACGGUCCGUCGUCUGCGGGUCCCAACUUUGGGAACGCAGCGUAUUUCGCCAGCAUGAGACAGCAACAACAAAUGCACAUGUUCGGCAGUCCUGUCGACAACGAGGAUGCAUCGUCCGUUGGAUCUGCUCACAUGGGCAGGAGAGAGAGGAGUGGUAGCAUGGGUGCCGGGAGUGGCUUUGAUUCGCCUCCGCACUCCCGUCACGUCACUUCACCUUCGGGAAGCUAUGAUAUGCCGAGUCUCUUAUCGAACGGUGGUGGCCAGGGCGCCGACGGCUAUGGGGUUCCCAAGAGGAUCAACACUGGUGCUAUUCCCAAUUGGGCUCGGGACGAGAUGGGUCCUAUGGCCACAUCUCCCAUCUCGAUCACUGGCGGCGGCGGCGGCGGCGGCAAUGGCAAUGGAUUCGCCAUGAUGAUGAUGUGA